CGAAUCAAGCUUAAAAACAAAGUUGUUUGAAUAGACCCACAUCAUAAUCAUUGGGUGAUAUAAAAAAAAUUAACCUCUUAUGCUGAUUUAUCUCUUUUUCAUACAUUUUUUAUAUAGGAACAGCCCAUGUGGUGGUGACAAGUUUUAACCGCCCUUCGCGCUUUCUGCAAAAUACAGUUGCGAUAGGCACCAAAAAUAGCCGUCAGACAUGAGGGCUUUAUGAGCUAUUCCUUUCUGAUUCUCGUCCAAAAAUUCCGGCCAGAUACUGGUUCUGAUUUGACUGCCAACCGGAAGGAACACCGCGUUGUUCCUACCGGAAUCUUAAACAUAACCACUGGUUUCUUUUGAUAUUCUCUUUUCAUUCUAUCUCGGAUCUCUCUUGCUCUUCUUGAAUAUUAAAUAUUAUAUACAACAAUAAAGAGUUCCUGCGGUACUCGUUUCAAAUUUUUUUAUCUUAGUUUCCCCUUUUCUGUUUGUUUCUGGGGAAUUCAAAGAGAUGAGAGAGAGUUUGUUCAAUCCCAAUACUUGGGUUUGGCCAGACCUCACGAUAUAAAAAUUUUAGCUUGAACCAAUCCAGAAUUUCUAGCCAUUUUCUCGAGUUUUCUUCUAAGGUGUGGUUAAUUUCUCUUUGGGACUUUUGUUGAUUUUUCCAGGCAAAUGGAUGUUGAGUAACAAUGAGAAAUUCCUCCUAAGAAAUGGUUUUCUUAUAGAAAACAAAUGCGGGCUUCAGUCAUAAGAAUGUUGUAGUUAUAAUUUUAAGCUUCUUUUUCUGAUUUAAUAAAGAAAUAUCCCAUUCAUUACUGUUUUCUUUGGUGUUGGAAGUUUGGAAGCAUCAUUCGAUCAACCACAAGCAACUCGAUCGGUGGUGGAAGGUUUCUACCUCUCCUUCUUUCAGAUUAAUGUCAACAAAGGUGAAGGGCCUCUUGAAGGGCCUAAGAUACAUUUCACAAAUAUUUGAAAAUGAAAAAGAACCCGAGAUGCAGAUUGGCUUUCCCACGGACGUGAAGCAUGUUGCACACAUAGGAUGGGAUGGCCCGUCUGUAAGUUCGCCGAGUUGGAUGAAUGAGUUCAAAUCCACUCCUGAAACCUUAUCCGCCCCAUUAACAUCUAACGGAGUUGCAAAGGAAAUUUCUGUAGAUGAAGAUAUAAAUAGGACAGAAGGCGAAAAGCCGCCGACUUCUAAGGAAAAGCAAAGGAGACGCCGUUCAUCAUCAUCGGGUGGCGCCUUUCCAUUGGAUUCACCAGCUCGGAAUCCUUCUGAUGCGCCAAAGCACAGCAGGCGCCACCACUCUUCGGGUGGAUCUGUCAUUUCCGACAACCCAGAUGGGAGCACAAGAUCAUCAAGGCGGCACCACAACUUAAGCGGGCUGGAGUCAACCUCACGAGAUGGGCCUGGAAUCCCAAAACAGUCGCGCCGGAGGAAAUCAAAGGGGUCAUCUGGAGGUGGGUCAAGUAGGUCAAGGUCAAAAGGCCAGGCGUCACUAACUGAUGUUGAUCCCUUCUCGGAAUCUGGACUUCUGUCUGGAACCAAACAUGGAACGAAGAACAGCACCGAGUUGUACCCGGUUUCGGUUUUGGAAGUUUUUGAAGAAGAGAAUGAGUGCGAUGAGAUUUCAAAGGAACUUCGCGAUUGGUAAAUUAUAGAGAUUUAAACAUAAACAUCUGCAUGACGGUGUGACUUCAGUUAUUUUCCUUAAGCAGCUCUAGCCUCUAGCUUCCUUAAGCUGGUUUAAGAAGCUAAUGUAAGUAGAGAGCUUAGUGUUUUUGUCUGCCAGAAAAGAAAAGAAAGAAAGGAAAAGAAGUUCAGUUCAUACUUUUGGAAGCUUA